CCCCAUCGCCAUUACAUUGCAGGCCAAGCUCAAUAGCAGCAACCACCACCAUUAGUCGCUCUUAGUUGUGAGUGCAACUAGGCUAGCUGAAGAAAGAUGGAGGUGCAGGCCGGCUCUCAUGCCGACUCCGCUGCGAGCAAGUUCACGCUGCCGGUGGACUCCGAGCACAAGGCCAAGUCCUUCAGGCUCUUCUCCUUCGCCAACCCUCACAUGCGCACCUUCCACCUCUCGUGGAUAUCAUUCUUCACCUGCUUCGUCUCCACCUUUGCCGCAGCGCCGUUGGUGCCGAUCAUCCGCGACAACCUCAACCUCGCCAAGGCAGACAUCGGCAAUGCCGGUGUCGCGUCUGUGUCUGGGUCCAUCUUCUCUAGGCUGGCCAUGGGCGCCAUCUGCGAUCUCCUUGGACCGCGGUACGGCUGCGCCUUCCUGGUCAUGCUCUCGGCGCCCACCGUCUUCUGCAUGUCCGUCAUCGAUGAUGCCUCGGGGUAUAUCGCCGUCCGCUUCCUCAUUGGCUUCUCACUCGCCACCUUC